AUGAUCAAAUCAGCACUCCCGGCAACAGUCGCCGUUGCUGCGAUGCAGUCCGAUACGUGGGCGCGGCAUUUCAAAGUCCUCAACUACCUUGUCGCAAUCGAAGCGCUCCUGACAUUUUGCGUCCUGCCACGGGCAAGGUUCAUCCAGACACUCUUUCUGAACGUGCUGAUGGUGUGUCUGGCAACUGCGGUCAACUUGUUCGCUUUGUGGUGUUCGAUCAUGGCCAGAAGUCACAGUGCUACCACCGACGACGAAUACAACUCCUCCGCUUCAGCGGUGUGUGGAGUAUUUUUCUUCUUGCAAAUGUACUUGACGAAUGCACUGCGGUCCUCUCGACCUCAGUUCCAGUUUCCUUGCAUCAACUACUGCAUCCUUACCAUCAUUUCCCUCACGCAGGCCGGCCCUUCUUUCGAAACAAUGCAGACAGCGAAAGAGUUCAUGUCGUUGCAACUCCAGGCUUUCCUAACUGGUUUCGGCAUCGGAACAGGUGUAUCUCUCUUCAUCUUCCCACACAGCAACCGCGAGAUUGCCAUAACCUCCAUGUACAGUUACUUCGAUAAACUUGCCGAGCUCCUCCGCACAUAUUCGUUGAUCCAUGAGGAUGACAGUAAAAUGGCCGGUGAUCAAGGGCCUUCUCGACAGUUUGAAGAACUGAACAAGAGGUUUAUUGCCCUUCAAAAGAUUGAUGUCAAGCUCAAAACGGAUCUGGAGUUUGGCGUCAGGGACAUUGGAAUCGGUCAUCUGGAUGGAGAAGACCUUGGUGCCUGCUUUGAAAAGCUGCAUGCAGCAUAUCUACCUUUGUUGGGGUUACGAUAUACCAUCGACUCUGUUCCUGAUGUUUCAACUCUCAAGCAGUGUACAUGUCGGAACACCACAGCCACAACCACCUUAAUUGAUCCAGGAAGAAUUCAUACUGAGUUGUUCAGCAGCUCCAGAGAUCUCUCAAAGACUGUUGCUGGCAUUAUCGAGGACACCAAGGUUUGCCUUUUCUCAAGCAGAGAAUCGAUAUGGACAUUAUUCCGCUCAACUCGGAACGGCUCCUGUGACCCUGAGAAAGGUAGUUGUCCAAGAGGCAGGAUAUCUGACCACCGAACUCUUGUGAAAGACCUUGCAGAAAAACUCCUGCUUGGCCGACAAGGAAUCCAAACCAUUACAGGACAUCCUCGAUUGGGUAUAUGCGACAAGUGUAAUGACCGACUUCAAGAGCUAAUGGUCGUUGAACAACAGGUUCAGUUUGCCUUUUGGCACUUGAACAGUGCCGUCAUAACCUUGCUGGAUUUUGUGGAACAAACGAAUAGCAAGGUGCAACAAAGACGAGUCAUUUUGCCAUCGCAAGCACUUCUUGUUGACUGGUUUUGGAAGAUGUUCACCUUGCCAGGUCGACCAAAUAGUGAUUUGAUGGCCGACCCAGCGAUUGACAACGCCGUCGUCGAUGAUGACCACCGUAACAUCCUCAACGCGGCACUUUAUGGUCGUCGGGACCCUCUUCAUCUUAAACCAGAGUCGUGGCUGGAACGUUUCGGUGAGCGUGUUAGGUCCAUUCCGCACAUGCUCAGGUCGUCGCAUUCGCUCUUCGGCCUCCGCGCCGCUUGUGCCUCCAUGACCAUUGGGAUCGUUGCGUACCUGAGAUCUUCGAGGAAGUUUUAUGUCGAGCAGCGGUGUCUCUGGGCCAUCGUCAUGACGGCUUUUGCCAUGAUCAACUCGACCGGUCACACGACAUUCUCCUUUGCGAUGCGGAUUCUCGCGAGUUUGAUAGGUACGGCCGGGUCGUACUGUAUCUGGUACAUUGCUGACGGGAACCCGGCGGCGGUGACGGUGUUGAUGUUUUUGUUCAUGGCCGGCUCCUUUUACUGGUUCACCUUGAACCCCAAACACGCACUUCUCGCUCUCGUCAGUGCCGUGACGCCCAUCAUCGGCGUCGGUUACGAGCUCAACGUCCACAAACUGGGCGAAGACUAUUUGAGAAUGUUCUCGACCCCAGCUUUUCCGCUCUACCAGGUCGCCGCCUACCGGUUGGCCAACGUGGUGGCGGGACUCCUGGCGGCUUACAUCUGGACCGUCUUCCCUUUCCCCGUCACCGAAGGGGCCUUGAUUCAACGACACAUCGGUUCUUGUCUGUAUUUGCUGGCACGGUACAACGCCAUGGUGUCGGAAACAAUGUUGGUCGACCACCCGAGACGAAACAAAUUCCGCUCUUCUGACACGUCACCUCUGGCGGAGAAAUUGAAAAGGGCGAGGAUCGAAGUGGUCCAUCAGGUCCACGGAGUUUUGAAAGAGGUGAAUGGAUUCGCCGCCUUUACCGGCUGGCAGGUUCCCAUAGGGGGCCGAUUCCCAACCGAGGACUACCGGGAAUGUAUCGUCCUGCUCGAACGACUCACCGUCCAACUCACUCUGCAAGGGUUUGCCUUGUCGGUCUAUCAUGAGCAUCAUCUUCAUCACUCGGACACACGAGUGAAGGCUUCGAUGGAGACUGUACUUGUGUCUUGGACCCAAAAACAGAGAGAAAAAACCUUGGUCUCGCAUCACAAAGUCACAUCGGCUUUAUUCAUCCUCGCGGCCUCGAUCACAAAUGGUCUUCCGUUACCACCGUAUUUCUUCGACGACAUCUUUGUGGAUUCGAAGAAGCAUCAGCACUCGUACUUGAAAUCCGUUCGGAACAUGUGGCCGCCGCCGCCGCAGUCACCCGUGGGUGUGGACGGCCUUCUGCCAUGUGUUGACGUUGAUGUUGACGAACUGGCUGCCGUCAGAGCCCUCGUCGCCUUUCACGUCGCUUCGGAAAGGGUGCAUCGGGACAUCAAGCUUCUGGUUCAAAGGAUCAAGACGCUUUGUGGAGAGUUGAACUUUUCCCUAGAUAGACUAGAACUCACGCCAUGA